AUAAAUUGAAUCUUGGCAUAAUUAAAAUUAGUCUAUGUUAUCAACUAAUGAAGUUGUGAAAUGGGAAUGGCAGCCAUUUAACAAUAAUAUUGUUCAUAAUGGGCAAACUCUCAGAAUAGAAGCUUCUAAAGUUAUUAAGUAUUAGAACUCGAAUCAGGGCUAUUCGCUUGAUUUAAAGUUAUGGAAACCCUUUCCUUUUAGUACGAAUAUUGGUUGGAAUUGGCACAAAUCUUGGAACAUCCCUGAACUAGAGUGUUAAUUAAAAGUAACAACAUCAUUUAUAUCAUGUAGAUCGACAAUGAUUUGGACCAUCACAUACUGAAUACACUAACCAUUGUGGCAAAUCUCUAUAUUGUUAAACAUAAUUAUGAUAAAAUGGAAAUGGAAAGCAUAGGAUGCAAAGGUUGUACAGAAGGGGUCUUUAGAAAUGGGAUUUCAAUAUUAAGAUAAUUAAAGUUCAAUACAACUUCGUAUAAGAAUGAAGUAUUGUGUUAUACAUAAUUUUAAGUAUCAAAAGUUCUAAAUCCUUGUGGUCAUUACUUAAAUCAAUAGCAGCCAGUAAUUUGUGAUCGAUGCAAAAUGUUCCCCCUAUAUAUUUGUAGAUUCUCGUAAGCAUGCCAGAUAACAGACUCUUAAUAAUAAUAUUCAACUAAUUAUUGAUCCAUUUUUACCAGAAAACCUAGACAAAGAAUUUGUUAAGAAGGAAAGAAAGAAUCAGCCCAAAAAUUUAUUGAAAGUCGAUAAUACAAUCCAAGGUUUAAUUAAUUACUUCACAGCUCCGAAUAUUAGACAUAAAAUCAAACACCCGUUAUUCUUGGCUAUUAAAUUUGACAAAUGUGUAAAAUUAUACUUAAAGAAAUAAAAUCUUGCAAAAAAUUCAAAGGACAUAAUACUAAAAGUUUAGAGCAUUUUGAUGAAAUCAAAUCAAGAAAGACAAUAUUAAGACAAAGGGAUGGCUUUACUAUUUUAAAUUGAUUAAACCAACGAACUGGAAUUUAAAAAAGUAAGUUUUUUUUAAUCAUUAAGGUAUAUGAAAUAACUCAAAUAUUUGAAAACGAUAUAUUUAUGUUAUACACAAAACAAAAUCAAAUACCAUAGGAUUAUACUCCCAUUGAAGAGACUUAAAGAUUGAAGUACUAUUACAAACAGCUGUAUCCUAAUUUGAUAAAUCAAAAAAGCAUAAUGAAUUAAUAAUCUGAAAAUUAAGAAGAAUAACCUAUUGUUAAGUAAGUAAUAUUAAAUGAAAAGGAUAAUGAGAAUUAAAUAGAUACACAUUUAUUAAUUAAAUAGUGUUAAUAACAAUAAUAAUAAUCAGAAGAAUAUAAUAAUUAAAUUUUUAAUUAUAAUAAUUAAUACUCAUAUUAUUAUAAUUAAUAUUAAUAAUAAUAAUAAUAGUAAUUAUAAUAGUAACAAUUCUAAAUUUAAUAAUAAUAAUGGUACAAUAAUAUAUAGUAGCAGCUUCAACAAUAAUAACAAUAUUAUAUCAUGCAAUAAUAACAUUAAUAUCGCAGAUUCUAUUGA